AUGGCAGCCUCUGUCCUCCUCCCCACAACAGCCCGACUCUCGCACCUCUGUGACGACCCUAUCUACAAAACCGAACGACCUUAUGAGAUUUGGGCCGAUGAUGUCGCUGACAACGUCCCGCGAACCAAUGUCCGGCUCGAGUACAUCCCAGACUGCCCGUUGACUGAUAUACGUACUGUCGAGAACAAGCCAGUGCUAGAAACCUCAGGAUUCGAAUGGAUGAAGCAAGACUUUCCCUUCCAAACUGGGUUGCGCACUGUGGAUGAUGUGGAGAUACAGAUGGAAGAGCAGGGGCCGGUUCUGGAUAACUACUUGUCGACAAUGAGCGAGUUUCUCAAGCAGAGGUUGGGUUGUCAGAAGGUUGUUUGCUGGGAUUGGAGGGUCCGCCGCUCGAAGAGGACGCUCCCUCGCCCCGUACCAAACAUCUACAGUUUGAAGGACGUGGAUGCCACAGAUCUGCGGGCUACAAAGAUCAAUGCCUCGCAUGUUAUCCACGCCGAUGGAUCGCCUGGCUGGGUCCAAAGCAGCGUCCUUAAAAAGGUCAUUGAGGCAGACGAAGCCGCUUUAGUGGAGUCGAAGAAUUACCGCACUAGGGUUCUCACUGUCUGGCGCCCCCUCGUCGACAUCGUGCAAACAGACCCCCUCGUCUGUUGCGACACCCGCACUCUGAGCGAGCAGGAUUACGACGUGAUCCAGAAAGUGAUGAACGAUAGCGUUGAAGAAAGCAUGUACCUGAAGUGGUCGCCCAACCAUCAGUGGUACUGGAUGAGUGACCAGACAAGGGACGACGUUCUUGUCAUGACGGUUUGGGACUCGAAGAGGCCGUUUGAGAGGAGUGCUGCUGUCCCUCAUUGUUCUAUGGUUCUUCCGGAGCAUGUGCCUGAUGCAAAGCCGCGCGAGAGUAUUGAGUUGAGGUUCAUUGUUUGGAAUGAGGAAUGA